AUGGCGACCUUCACGACGCCACCCUCAACGUGGUAUCACAAGCUUCAGUAUUUGAAGAAAUCUGAAACUGCCGUUUGGCACCCUGAGCGCACGCAUCCGCGCCGAGGCGACGCCCACCCGGGCCAUAAGGCCAGCAAUUGGCACAUGAACGAGGAAAUGACCAAGUUCUACAUGGAAUCUGGCGAGCGCGCUAUCGACUCAUCGUACAACGAGAGUAAGGAGACUGAUGAUCUCCUCGCGGAAGUGGAUGCCUUACUGUCAGAUACAGAACAAGAGUACGGAGAGAUCAUGUUUCAAGCGAGCGCGGAGAGCUCUGCGCGCAAUCCGGAACGCGCGACUUCAAUGCCGCACCCAUGUGAGAAUCGAGACGGACCGCUCACUCAGACUGAACGUGCUGGCUCCGCACCGAUUCCUGGAUCCGGAGCAGCUCCUGGCUCCGAAACUGUGGCUCUGGCAACAGUGCUAGACAUAGCUCAGGCUCUCAAGUCGCGAACAUUGCAGCACAAGCGCAGCCCACUGGCAGAAUUCGAGCUGCCCUCUGCCAAAUGCAGGAGAACUUCACCGCAUCCGACACUUUCCAACGUAGAAGAACUACCAGAAGACGUCACUAUGGCGGCAACCGCGAAGUGUGGCGCCAAACAUGGAGCUCUAAGAGAUGGGCAUGGAGAUGCCAAUGAGGACACUGUCCUCCAGUCUAUCGAGUCCGGCGUAUCCGCCAAAGACAGCGCCGAAGCGCCACUGGACCUGGUCCAAGAUGACGUUCAACGUCUUGAACGCAGUAUCUCUGCAACUUUCCUGGAGAUGUUAGAAGACGACGACGCUGCCCAAGGUGGUUUCGUGCCGUAUCAUCCCGAUAGCCCAGAUGAACAUAUCGCGAGUCAGGCUUCGCCGGCAGAGGCAGACGCACCCAUUGAGAACGCCGAACUGGCGGAGAAGCCAGACUCUGGUAUCGAUGAAGUCGUCGUCCAUGACGACCACGCGCAGCGUCCACUUGAACCCGCCGAUGACAGCGUGUUGGAAGUAGGAGCGCCUUCCGAUGAGGCGACUACACCCGAUGUGCCCAAGCCUCGACGUAAACCAGGACGACGUGCCAAGAAGAAGGUGGCUGCGGAGCCCGGCAUGGCAGAUCUGCCCGUCUUCGUCCGCGACGCAACCAACCAGAGCUGGGUGCUCAUUGAUGAGCUGACCGGCGCAGUCGCUGACACUAUCAAGGCACAGCAUUUAGUGCUCAAGAACGAUUCUCGUUAUCGGACAAUGCAAAAGAACUCCUACAAGGAGAUCAAUGGCGCAGGAGAUGACUUGCGCCCAGCGUGCAUGGAGUGCAUCAUCACCGCCCGCAAUCGCUGGCAUUGCAACACGAACGACCAGUCGUUCCAAGUGUGCGACAAGUGUCUAGACACUGCAGAGCAGCCCUGUGGGCGCCUGAUCGACCAUCCUUCCGAUGAUGAUGAGUACGCUAUCGGAUAUGUGCCACUGCCGGUGCCUUUCAGGGCCGGCGUUGCCUGGACCGAUUUAGCUUUUUGGAUUCGGCCGUACGAUGCUUCAUACACGAAGCGAUUCAAGCGUACGCCUGGUGGCAUGUCCACAAAGGCGAAGGAUAAAGCGAAGCCCCCCGAGACGCCUGCGCGUACGCGGCGAGGGCGAGCAGCUGAAGCAGCUGAAUGA